AGCGCAUAAAAUGAAACACAAAACCAUGGUUCGCGGCCGGAAUAUGCUCCCUACUCUCGAAACAGCGAUCACAUGUUUCCUCUUUCUCUCUCUGAGAGAAACAAUGGGAUAUCUUGACGAGGCCAUGUCGUGUUCCAACCCUUUUCAGGCUGCUGAAACUCCAUCGAGCGGAGGAGGUCUCAGCCAGAAUGGAAAAUUCAGUUAUGGAUAUGCAAGCUCUGCUGGCAAGCGAUCAUCUAUGGAAGACUUUUUCGAGACCAGGAUCGACGGUGUUGAUGGAGAAAUCGUUGGUCUUUUUGGAGUUUUUGAUGGCCAUGGUGGAGCCAGAGCAGCUGAGUAUGUGAAGCGUCAUCUUUUCAGUAAUCUGAUCACUCAUCCAAAGUUUAUCUCUGACACCAAAUCAGCUAUAACUGAUGCCUAUAACCAUACAGACUCUGAGCUUCUCAAGUCGGAAGAUAGCCACAAUAGAGACGCUGGUUCGACUGCUUCCACAGCUAUUCUUCUUGGUGAUCGUUUACUUGUUGCAAAUGUUGGUGAUUCACGAGCUGUUAUCAGCAGAGCCGGAACUGCCAUUGCUGUGUCAAGGGACCACAAACCUGACCAAAGUGAUGAGCGUGAAAGGAUUGAGAAUGCUGGUGGAUUUGUGAUGUGGGCAGGAACUUGGAGGGUUGGAGGAGUUCUUGCAGUCUCUCGUGCAUUUGGUGAUCGUCUUCUAAAGCAAUAUGUUGUUGCUGAUCCAGAGAUCCGGGAGGAAAAGAUUGAUGACUCUCUUGAGUUUCUGAUCCUAGCAAGUGACGGUCUAUGGGAUGUUUUCUCUAAUGAGGAAGCAGUUGCAAUGGUUAAGGAAGUUGAAGAUCCAGAGGACUCCGCCAAGAAACUUGUGGCAGAAGCAAUCAAGAGAGGAAGUAAAGACAACAUCACAUGUGUCAUCGUUCGUUUCCUGGAUACAGUUUCUUCAAGCCACGUUAGCUCCUCGUCAUCCAAUGAAACUAAGCAAGUCCAGAUCGACGCAGAGAACUAGUAGGACAGUGAAUGAGCCAUAGAGUGUGUAGCGAAUCGAAAACUAGUCCCUGCAAGCAGCCUAACCGAUGAGGUGGCAGUUAAUGGUUUAGGGAAUAAACCAGAGAAGUCAGUGAACCGAUAACCACCGAUCCCUGCAAGUAGCUCAACCAUGCAGUGACCAUUAAAGGUUUAGUAUGAAAUAUUUGAAGUUUAUGAUUAUGUGUCAGUGUAUGUGUGUGUUUAUAUAGAUACAAUAUCUAUACAUUUGCUAAAUAAAAUUUAACUAUUAUAUUC